AUGCAUCCACACACGUGUCAUCUUCACAUUCUCCCGUCGCGUGGGAAAGCACGAUUCAAUGGCGAACUGCGGCUUGGGGGCUUUCCUCGGCUGGAACUCAUAUCGUCUGCCGUCGCAGCGUUAUCCUCGUCCAUUGUUUCGGGACCUCCGAUGGAUCCAAGGAGGGGACAGGCUCAGUGGCAGCAGCAGCAGGGAGGAGGCGGAACGUUUGGAAGUUCCCAGCAACAGUCAGGUCAGGGCGUUCAGCAGCAAGGGCAACAGCAAGGACAACAGGGGGGCCAGGGUUUCUCUUAUUCAUACUCUUCUUCGUACUCCAGCGGACCUGGGGGCGAAUACGGGCAGACGGACUUUUCACAGGACAAGGGGGGUGGUGGCGUGGAGCAUCAUCACGUCUCGUGGGGUCCUGGACACGAGCCGCAGCACCAUCACUUCUCUACCCAGGGCCAACAGGGAGGCCAGCAAGAGGGAGGCGAGCAAGGGAUGCCAGAAGACCUGGCAGCCCUGCAGCAGGCCAGAAACGCAGUUCAGAUGGACUCGCUCCGUGCUGUUCAGGGCCUGCAUCAAAGAGCGGGACAGCAGGCACACCACGAGGCACCACGAGAGGGAAAGAAGUAG